CUAUAUAAACAGUGUGUACGCGCAAGAAUAUUUUUCUUUUUUAUAUCUUUUUUAUAGGACUUUGGUUGUUUUAGGUAAUUAAUCUGAUCUGUAGGUGCUUGAAUGACGGGAGGAAAAUGGAGGUUUGUGAGGGCAGUGAUGUGUAUUUGGUGGAGUUUUCUCUUAGCUUCAUUAGUUUUGGUUUUAGCUGAUGAGGAAAGUGGGAGUUUGAAGAAGGAAGCAGCUCUACAAAGCAUCAAACUUAGCGAUGCCAAUAAUUCAGAUGCCCAUCAUCACCUCCUCUCAAAGUUUCUCAUGAGGGAGACUAAAGAUUCCGGUCACCGUCACAGUCACGUUUGGCCGGAACUGAAAUUUGGAUGGAAAAUUGUGGUGGGCAGCAUAAUAGGAUUCUUGGGGGCAGCAUUUGGGAGCGUUGGGGGUGUUGGAGGGGGCGGCAUAUUUGUGCCCAUGCUUACUCUUAUUCUAAGAUUUGACCCCAAAUCUGCAACUGCAAUUUCAAAGUGUAUGAUCACAGGAGCUGCGGUUUCUACUGUUUACUGUAAUCUUAGGCUAAGGCAUCCUACACUGGAGAUGCCAAUUAUUGAUUAUGACUUGGCUGUGCUCAUCCAACCAAUGCUAAUGCUUGGGAUUAGUAUUGGCGUUUCUUUCAAUGUCAUUUUGGCUGACUGGAUGGUCACUGUUCUGCUAAUUAUUCUCUUCUUAGGCUUAUCAACUAUGGCUUUCUUCAGAGGUGUCGCGUCCUGGAAGAAAGAGACUAUGCUGAAAAAGGAGGCUGUGCAAAGGUUAGCAAAUGGAGGAAUUGGUGGAGAAGGAGGAACUUUUCCUGGUGGUCCCAGCUCUAGCAUUCAGAAGAGGGCUAAGGUGUCUGUUCUUGAGAAUGUUUACUGGAAGGAGUUUGGGCUUAUCUUUUUUGUUUGGGUUGUAUGCCUUGGUCUGCAGAUCAGCAAGAACUACACAACAACUUGCUCAACUGUGUACUGGGGGGUGAAUCUGUUGCAGAUCCCAGUUUGUUUAGGGGUGAGUUCAUUUGAAGCGUUUGGGCUGUACAAAGGGUGGAGAAAGAUAUCAUCGAAGAGUGGAGAUUCAAGCUCCAAAUUGCGAGCAGGGCAGCUCAUUGUUUUCUGCUUCUUUGGAUUGGUGGCUGGUACUGUUGGAGCACUGCUUGGUCUUGGUGGUGGCUUCAUCAUGGGUCCUCUUUUCCUCGAGCUCGGUGUCCCUCCUGAGGUUUCAACUGCAACAUCUACCUUUGUAAUGAUGUUCACAUCAUCAAUUGCGGUUGUAGAAUACUACCUUCUCAAGCGUUUCCCAGUUCCUUAUGCUGUGUGUUUAACUGCCGUGGCAACUGUUGCUGCUUUUGUUGGGCAACACGUAGUGAGGAGGGUGAUUGCGGCGUUAGGGAGAGCAUCGUUAAUCAUCUUCACCUUGGCCUUCAUCAUUUUCAUAAGUGCAAUCUCAUUAGGUGGAGUUGGAAUCUCAAACAUGACAAAGAAGAUUGAACACCAUCAAAAUAUGGGGUUUGAAAGCCUUUGCAAGUACAGAGUUUAAACCAAACAUAUAUCUUCUCCUACCAUGCAAAUAUGCAAUGGUUAUGGUUUUAUCUAUUCAACAAAUCAUCUUAAUUAGCUCAACAUAAUCUUCCUUCUUUGUCCCCUUAACGUACAACAAAAUGGGAAGAAGAAUGUUAUUUUACCUUUCAUGAAUUAAUCCUAAUGUAUCAUUUAAUUUGAUUAUACAAAAUGAAACACCUUUGAACUAAGGCUUAUUGGUC